GGGCUGGAGCGACGCCACGCCUCCUUCGACGCUGCUGCUGCCGCCGCCAACGGAGCGGGGGCACCUUGCUUGGGUGGUGGUUGUUGGACUCUUUGCGCUGUCUCGGCGGUCGGCUGAUCCUUGCGGCUGUUCUUAUUCCAGGACGUUCUGUGAUCCUUGAUAACAGACUGAAAUCAGAAACUUGACAGAUGCCAGUACCACCACCACCUCCACCGCCGCCGCCUCUUCCACCACCUUCUUCUGGAGGUCCUCCUGCUCCCCCUCCCCCUCUUCCAUCACUUUCUGGAGGUCCUCCCCCUCCCCCUCUUCCAUCACCUUCUUCUGGAGGACCACCACCACCACCACCACCACCACCACCUUCAUUUCCUCUGGCAAACACAGAGCCACCCAAGCUAAAAAGGGAGGAAUCAAAAAGUCGGAGUGCCUUGUUACAUGAGAUCCAGAGAGGGACUCGUCUGAGGAAAGUAACACAGACCAAUGACCGGAGUGCACCUCAGUUCGAAACCUCCAGGAAAAGGGCCAGUAGAGAUGGAGGAAGUUUAGCAAUGGGAAGAAGUGACAUCCCUCAAGCAUUAGGGAACCUCUUUGCAGAUGGUUUUCCUGUUCUGAGGCCAGUAGGCCAAAGAGACUUCACAGCUGGUAGGACUGGGCAACAACAUGGAGUAAGAACAUCUCCUACUUCAAAAUCUCCACCCUCACUGAGCAGUAACGGGAAAGCCAGUGCCAACCUUCAGAAUGCACCUGAUUGCCCGAAGCCAGCAGAUCAGUUGGAAGCUUCUGGGGCCCUGCGAGCAGUGCCAGUUUCUCCCAGCAUCCCUGCUCCACCUCCUACACCUCCACCACCACCUCCUCCUCUCCCACCUUCUUCCUCCAGCAAACCAUCUCUUAUUUUUCCCCCUCCUCCACUGCUUCCUCCUCCUCCUGUCGAAAAUCCUGAAAAGCUUACCUCCCCAAACUUCCCCCCUCCUCCUCCCCCUCCUCCUCCCCCCCUUCCUUCUCCAAGUGGCAAAGUUCCUAAACCUCAAGCAUCCCCUGCACAUGGGCUGCCACCUCCUGUACCUCUAACGCCAUCUUGUGGGCUUCCAGGCAGAAUAAGCGAGUGCACCAGCCCAUCUUCCUCCCAGCUUGAUCUAAGAAUGAAUUCCCCUCCCGUGCCGCCGCCGCCACCACCACCACCCCCUCCUCUAGGGCCUUCGAUGUCCACCUUUUCCUCACACAGAACAUCUUUGCCACUGCCACCUUUGCCAACGGACAGCAAUGCCAUGAGCAACAGCAGCAGUGAUGCAGCAGCACCACCACUUCCCCCCAAGUCCCCAUUCGUGCUGUCCCAAAUCCAGAAGCCUAACAUUCAAUCCCUACCUCUCCUCCCUUCCCCUCCUACCACACAGCAAGUUAUUGUAACACAGAAGAAAAGACAAGGUAGAGGCGGUGCAAAGUUGAAUCCACCACCUCCACCUCCUGCAAGAUCUCCAACAACUGAGCUCUCAAGCAAAUGCCAGUAUGCCCAAGUAUCUCCCUGGCUGACUACCAAUGACCUCUGCCCAGUACUUAGGAAUGGAGCUGUGCACAUAAUUGAUGACUUUGAAUCUAAAUUUACUUUCCAUUCCGUGGAAGAAUUUCCUCCACCCGAUGAAUUUAAGCCAUCUCAGAAAAUUUAUCCUAGCCAGGAGGCUAAAGAUAGUACCAACAACCCGCCUUUAAGAACACAAGUGAGAUGAGAAGAUGCAUAUUACUGGAUAACUGCUAGCAGGAUCAACAGCAGUAUUUUAAAAUGUAAGACCUUGCUCUGAUAGUUAUACAAUAUGUGCAAACAAAACCAGUGCUUCAUGCAACACCCCAUGUGGCACUUAAAGGCUAGUCAAUACUGGAUGACGACAGGAUUGGGAUUAAAUGGCAGUGCAUGAACUGUUAGCAAAGGGUUGACAUAUUCCUGUGUAAUUCAGUUGCUUUAAAAUUAGCCUAAGUUUUGUUUUACAGUUUAUGGAGUGCUCAAUUUGUAAUUCCAAAGUAGUCUACCUAUACAUGCCACACUCCCUUUGGACAUAUUGUUCACACUGUGCAGAAGCAAUUAACAGUUUGCCAUAGACAACAAUGGCUAAAGUUCUUCAUCUCUUACAUUGAACAUAGUUUACUGCAGUAAGUAACGUGCUGUGUUUCCAAACUGGAUAUAUCGUGUUUAAAUAUAUACAAGCAUUUUAAAACAUUCUUUUCCUCUUACAAAGUCAGACAUUUAACUAUAACAUUAAGAGAGGUUUUGCCAUAAUUGGAAAACUCAUUUCUGUAAAUUGUACUUUUAAAAAAUCAAUCCCCUUCUAGACUUUUGUGGUUGCACUGAAGUGGCCCACAGAGGCAUAGAGGUUUUCAAUGGAACACUGCACGUGUGCAUAGAUGUAUAUAUUUGGGUACAAAGAUGGUUAUCGAUACCCUCUCCAUUCGCACAUGAGAGGAUGUCCCAGCCUCUGUUGGUGGACCACAGAUAUGAAAGACUUUAAAGGCUCUAGCUUAUUAGAGGGAGGGGAAUGCCCCUAUUAAGCCUCCCAAUCUGGCUGCAUUUCAUAUUAGGCCAAGUACCUGCCAGAGGCAUACCCAUCUUUUGAAUUAUAGCUUGAGGAAAACCAGAGUUUUUUCCUGAAAUAAGGCAGGAGACUGUAGAAUGUAGAUUGCCAAAUGACCUGUUCCAAAUACCAGACUUUAAAAUGUAAAAAUCUAAUGCUAACUUGACCCCAUCUUCAAAAAUUAAAUAUUUGGAUGUCCGUGUAUCCCUUUCCCCAGGCCAGAUUAGAUAUUGCAUGGCAGAUGUGCGUAGCAGUCUCCCAACAUGAUUGUAGAACAGCAACAAUGGGAAGCUGAGAGCUUGCGUGGGGGGAAAGGGGCUUAGCUCUGUACAAGUGUAUAAUUCUUCCUUACGGUAGAAAAACAGCUGGGGGAACAAUUUUGUGUUUUAAAAGAGAGUCAGAAAAAUAGACUACAUUGCAGCUUCUAGGCCACUUCUAGUGGGGCCCAGGGCAAAAAUGUUUGUGCCCUCCAUGAUGAAUCAAUAUUGUUGCUCUACUAUAGUGUCCCCCCUCCCCUCCCAGCAAUAUAGGCACACAGCCUUGGGCAACUAACCGAUGGUCACACCGCUCUGCCACCCACAUCUACACAGUUCCUCGUCUCAAACUGGCAACUUCCUGUUGUUGUGUUUCAUUAAAAUAAAAUCCCGAGCAGAAGCUCUUUGCAUGUGACUGCCCUGUAGCACCUAGCUUGGCCUGUUAGUAUGAUUACUAUUCUUCUCUUCUAUCCAUAACCUUGUUUUAAAAGCAAUGGGAGCCAAAGAUUAUUUGUAUUCCAAUCACUCUACUAAUUCUUUCUCAGGUGAAAAAUGGAGCAAUGGGGUGCAGCAGGAACUCACGUAAGAAGUGGUUCCUGUGGUACCUAAUGCAUUAGCAGCAAGGAGAGCAGCCAGCUGAACCAAAGGCUAGCUGUGAGCGACUUAUGACAGCUAUUCAAUGGGUGAUUCAAGGCAGCUGCAAAUCAAAACGUGCAAGAGAAAACCUCAUUAAACUGAUGUUGCCAAUGGAGUUGCAAAUAAAAUCUCUUUCAAAGGAAUGCUUAACGUUACUUCAGACUAGCUUGCUGGAAAGCAUCUAACAAACUGAAACCUUUGAACUGCAUUGAAAACAUCAAUUGAUGAGUAAUGCCAGUCCAGGCAGCUGUUCUUUUGCAUCAUGACAUCUGUUCACCCUCACGUGAAUUAAAGGGGCAAAACAUCCCUAUAGUUUUAGUGACUAUUGAGCUUUGGAAGUUGCCAAUUUGUUUCUGGCAUGGAGAAGAAAAUGAAAUGCAAAAUCUGCCUGCACAUGGCAAAAUAUAGGAGGUUCUUUCCUCAGAUGGGGCAGAAGGGAACCAGUUCAAGAACAUGUGUCAGAUAUUUAAAGCUGUUUCCUUUUUAUGAAGUAUUCUAUUACAGUGCAAUCUCAAAUUAAAAGGCCAUGUGGAAUAUGAUUUCAUCUCUUCUGUACUAAAGCAUGUACUUGUUUAAAAAAGUGCUUUCAUUUGGAUUUGCAUAUUAAAUUAUAUAUAACA